GACUUCCGGCCGGCACGGUGACUGAGCGCCAGGCGCGGGUCGCGUCGGAGGCAUCAUGUCGGAAGGAAACGCCGGGGGCGAACCGAGCGCACCGGGAGGGUCGCGGCCCCUCCUCCCUGGAGCCCGAGGGCUUAUCGGGAGGCGUCCGGCACCUCCACUUACCCCUGGCCGCCUUCCAUCCGUCCGCUCCAGGGACCUCACCCUCGGGGGAGUCAAGAAGAAAACCUUCACCCCAAACAUCAUCACGAGGAAGAUCAAGGAAGAGCCUAAAGAAGAAGUAACUGUCAAGAAGGAGAGGCGGGAGAGGGACAGAGAGCGGCUGCGAGAAGGACAUGGGCGUGGCCGGGGUCGGCCUGAAGUGAUCCAGUCUCACUCCAUCUUUGAGCAGGGACCAGCGGAAAUGAUGAAGAAAAAAGGGAACUGGGAUAAGACAGUGGAUAUGUCAGACAUGGGUCCCUCUCAUAUCAUCAACAUCAAAAAGGAGAAGAGAGAGACGGAUGAAGAAACAAGACAGAUCCUGCGCAUGCUGGAGAAGGACGAUUUCAUUGACGACCCUGGGCUUCGCAAUGACACCCGGAACAUGCCUGUUCAGUUGCCGUUGGCUCACUCUGGUUGGCUGUUUAAGGAGGAGAGCGAAGAACCAGAUGUUAAACCUUGCCUGGCUGGCCCCAAGGAAGAGGACAUGGAGGUGGAUGUGCCUGUUGUGAAAGUGAAAGAGGAGCCACAAGAUGAGGAGGAGGAGGCCAAGACGAAGGCUCCCCACAAAGCUGCCAGGAAGACCCCUGGCCUUCCAAAGGACAUAUCUGUGGCGGAGCUGCUCAGGGAGCUAAGCCUCACCAAGGAGGAAGAACUCCUGUUCCUCCAGCUGCCGGACACCCUCCCUGGCCAGCCGCCCACUCAGGACAUCAAGCCUAUCAAGACAGAAGUGCAGGGCGAGGAUGGACACAUGGUGGUCAUAAAGCAGGAGAAAGACCGAGAAGCCAGACUGGCAGAGAAUACUUGCACUCUGGGUGACCUGACAGAGGGCCAGGUGGGCAAACUGCUCAUCCGCAAGUCAGGAAAGGUGCAACUCCUCCUGGGCAAGGUGACACUGGACGUAACGAUGGGCACUUCCUGCUCAUUCCUGCAGGAGCUGGUGUCCGUGGGCCUUGGAGACAGUCGGACGGGUGAUCUGACAGUCCUGGGACAUGUGAAACACAAACUUGUAUGUUCCCCUGAUUUUGAAUCCCUCUUGGAUCACAAACACCGGUAAAACAGUAGCUGGAGGAAGAUGGUGACUGCCCAAGGCUGCUGCCUGCUCCAGACAUUUUGUUCUUGGAUCUGUGAGGCCCAGAAGGGGCCUGUUUCAUGCACCCACUCCAGCCUUUGGCAACCAUUGUCCCAUUUAUCCACUUAGGCCCAGCGCCAAGCAGCUCCUUCCCCCAGCAGCUGUGCAUGGCCCGGGGUCCGGCCCGCGCUGUGGGCACUGCGCAUCUCACUGCUGGGCACUGGUCCCUUUUAUUUAUUUUUUAUUUAUGUCUUACCUCUGAAACUGACUGCCUCCGCCCAGGGUAGUGCAGACUCCUCUCAGUGACCCUCUUGGUUCUCCAGUUGGGAAGGGGAAGGGCUGGUGGUGCAGUGGUUACAGGCUUGGUAACCACUCAAGGUCAGCAGUUUGAAACCGCCAUCUGCU